AUGUCAGAUGAGUUGAGAGUAAAGCUAUCAUCUUUCAAGCAAAGACCAGAUGAAACUUUGAAGGUCGCUUGGAAAUCUGUUCAAUUUGCUGCUGAAGCUGAGACAUAUGAGCAAGAACCUGAUCAAGAAAAUCGUGAGGAAGAGGAUGUUAACUAUGUCUAUGGGAAUCACGGACAGUGGUUUGGAAAUCAGCAAGGUAACAGACCUUACAGUGGAAACAUGCAAUGCAGUAACUUUCAAGGCAAUUCUUCUGGUUUCACUCCCAAACCUGACUAUCAAAAGCAGCAACAAAGUAAUGGAUACACAAGGACCUAUGGCAACAAUUCAUAUCAGUCUCCACCUCCAAAAACAGCUGAGAGUAGUAGGGUGGAAGCUAUGCUUGAACAGCUUUUGCAAGGUCAAGAACAGAUGACAGUGACCUUCAAUGGGAAGCUUGACAAUAAGCUAGAAAGUCAGGUUGCACAAACAGCUGGAUCCGUCAAAAGGCAAGAGGGAUUUCUCCCUGGGAGAACUGAAUCAAAUCCCAAGCAUUCAUGCAAUGCAGUGACCUUGAGAAGUGGCAAAAAACUCCAUUCUACACCCCAGAAGGAUCAAUCUCAUGAUAUACUUGAGUUGAUUGAUGUUGAAAAGGAUGAGGAUGUUUCUGCGGAACUAGUGCCGACCGACACUGAAGAGCAUCGGUCGACACCCUGUCCACCCGAAACCACGGAUUCUACACUAGAGGUCAGCAUCGAUCGAUGCCACCUUGGUACUGAUCGAUGCCAACCACGGACCGAAACCCAGAAAGACACAUCUUCCACACCAGUUGCUGAGAAAGUUUACAAACCCAAGGUUCAUUUUCCCAAGAAUCCAAGGAAGUCCAAACAAGAGUUAGAUGAUGCUAAAUGCAAGGCAAUGAUGGACAAGCUUAUUGUUGAGCUACCUUUGAUUGAUGCUGUGAAGAAUUCUCCAAUGCUUAGGAGAUAUGUCAAGAGGAUGGUGACUAAGGAUUUGAAUGCUGAGCAUGGAGUGAUGAUGAUAUCAGCUCAAGUCAGUGCUAUUAUCCAGAACAAGAUCCCAGAGAAGCUUCCUAAUCCAGGUAGUUUUGUUCUUGAUUGCACUAUAUUUACUAACAGAUUUGCUAGAUCUUUCUGUGAUCUUGGUUCUAGUGUCAACUUAAUGCCAAGAUCAGUGGCUCUUCGCCUGGGUAUGACAGACUUCAAGCCUACCAAGCUCACUCUUAUCCUUGCUGAUCGCUCAAUUCGCAUUCCUGAUGGUGUACUUGAAGAUGUUCCAAUUUAG